CACAAGCUAAACAAAUGGCUUUCAAAGUUGCAUUCUCUUCUCUUCUUUUUCUACUCUUACUCAUCACUCUCGCUGCAAUCGCUGCAUCUGAGGCUCAGUGCACGUAUGUGAUAAGCGUUCAAACAGGAGAUCGUAAAAAGGCAGGAACAGACUCCAAGAUCAGCCUCUAUGUAAAGGACGUUCGUGGCACUGACUUUAAAUUGAACAACCUCGAAGAUUGGGGCAUCAUGGGAACUAGUCAUGACUACUUUGAGCAGGGCCACCUUGACUUGUUCAAAGGCCAGCAAGUUUGCCUCCACCCUUGCUACAUCACCGUCACGUCCGACGGCUCCGGGGGUAGUCCAGGGUGGUACUUGGACUACGUUAAAAUUGCUGUCAAUGGCCCAACCAUAUCUACUACGGUGGAUUUCUUGGUGAACCGAUGGCUAGCUAAAGAUGAAAAGCCUUAUACUCUGUAUGCCACCGUCGACUAUUGCCACGGCAAGCUACUUCGGAUGCCAUCAGCUCAGGAUUCUUGAGCUUGAUGAUGUUUUAGCAUGUUUGUUAUUAAUUAUUCCCAAAAUCUUAUUAAUGUGUGUCCAUCUGGUUUUGUUACAUUGUUGUGUCCUGCGUGUAUCAUCUAUCAUGUUAUGUGAUAAUUAAUGUGUCAUGUGUCAUGUACCUCUUCAUUUCAAUAAUAUUGGGCCUUUACAAUGCCAACUUAUCUACUUAA